CUCACUGCAUCUCCUCCAACGCCUAACACUCUCAUCAUGUCUGAUUGGGAAGGGUCUGACGACGAUGCGCCUAAGGCUGCGCCCUCUGUUCCCGUUCCAAAGAAGCCAGUAAAGAGCAAAUGGGAGGGCGAAGAUGAGGAGGAUGAUGGGCCCGUCAGCGACUGGGAAGCGUCGUCUUCGGAGGAAGAAGAAGAGAAACCCGGACCCGCGCCCUCCGCCCCACCAAAGAAGAAGGGUACACUUAAGGCGAAGCUAGCGGAGAAGGAGGCGCUUAAGGCGCAGAAAGCUGCAGAAGACGAUGUCGAUUACGACGAGGAUGCGGUACUCGACCCUCGCGAGAAGGCGCGAAGAGACAAGGAGAGGGAGCUUGCGGCCGAUCUGAGCAACGCUGCCGAUCUCUUUGGUGCUGCUGCGCUGGGAGGCACGUCCUCGAAGGAGCUCGACUGGCUGAUCUCUGCACAGCCUCGGACGAAGGAGGACUUCGUCGAGUUCUCGGACAAGAUCAUCGAAUACAUCAUCAAGCGACACCAGGGCAAGCCGCUGUACGCCGCCUUCCUCGAGUACCACGCACGCCAGCUCGCGAUGCCCCUCCGCGACGUCGAAGUGCGCAAGGUCGCCAGCGGCCUUACCGCACUCUCGAAUGAGAAGCAGAGGGAGCAGCGCGAGAAGGCGUCGGGCAAGAAAAAGCCUAAGACGACGGCAAAACCCACGCUCGGGGCUGCGAAGCCCUCCAACAAGCUUGAUACGGCCGUGUACGAAGAGGCGCUGGACGACCUUGGCGACGACGAUUUCAUGUAAGACGAUCUUAUGUAGAGUAUUCUUCGUAGGCGUCCCUGCGUCAUACCCGUGGGCAGAUGAACUGUUGUAACCUAGUGCAAUGUCGCUGUAGCAAGUCCACUCUCUUCACAUCAAAUUGCUGUUUUACUUUGAAUGCGCCCUGGAUGCCGGCGGAAAUCCUAUCUUGUGC